UCGAAGAUGAAGAAGGUGUCGUGUAACUUUUCUUCGCACUACCGGGCGAGUGGCCAAAAAACGGAGAACUCCACAGAAAGCAAUGGCCAAACAUUAGGUUCGACGUUAGCCUACGAAAACCCAGCCAUCAGCGUUUCUUCCACCAGCAUCAACCAUCUUCAUAGGAGAGAUUCCGGCAUUUUAGGCAGCAACAACUUCUUAGUGGUAGACCAGACCAAGAGCACCUUCAAAGAAAAACUGAAAAAACUAGUGAAGUGCUCGAGGAAGAAAUGCCAACACGCAUUGACCAAGAAAACCCUCUUCAAGAGGCUGCCCGUUCUGUCAUGGUUGCCAAACUACAACAUGUCAUACGCGGUGGGCGACUUGGUGGCGGGGAUAACAGUCGGUUUGACUUUGAUCCCGCAGGGACUGGCAUACGCUGGGAUAGCGGGGUUGCCGCCAGAGUACGGAUUGUACGGAUCCUUCUUAGGGUGUUUCAUCUACAUAGUAUUCGGUAGCUGCAAGGACGUGUCCUUCGGGCCGACCGCGAUUUCAUCGCUGUUGACGUUCCAGGCUACCAACGCGUUGGGGCCGGAGCACGCGAUCCUCCUUUGUUUUUUCACGGGCUUGCUGCAGAUAGUCAUGGGCCUCUUUGGACUGGGAUUUUUGAUAGACUUUGUGUCGGGCCCCGUAUCCUCAGGAUUCACAUCGGCUUGCGCCCUUAUCAUCGUCACGUCACAAGUAAGAGACGUCUUAGGCAUCACAGCCUCAGGUACCACAUUUAUACGAACUUGGAGGAGCAUAUUUCAGGACAUACACAACACCCAACCGUGGGACGCAGUCAUGGGAAUAUCUUGCAUCGUUAUACUACUCAUAAUGAGGUUUAUCGGCUCUAUCAGCUUAGGACCGAAAGGACCAGACGCGCAACCAACGACCUGCCGCAAAAUCGUCAACAAAUUUCUCUGGUUCAUAGGCACCGCCAGAAACGCCAUUCUAGUCAUCGUAUGCGCCGUGAUUAGUUACAUCCUUUGCCUCAGCGGGCCGCCACCGUUCGUAGUGAUUGGUGAUGUUCCCCCCGGCUUACCUUCCGUUAAAGUGCCACCUUUCGGUGGGUUUACCAGAGAAGUGAACGGGACCGAAGUCGAGUUCACCUUUUGGGACAUGAUGGGGAACUUAGAGAGCGGUAUCAUCGUGAUGCCACUACUUGGGUUGCUGGAGACGAUCGCUAUCUGUAAAGCUUUUUCAAACGGAAAGCCCGUAGACGCAACCCAGGAGCUCUACGCGUUGGGCUUCUGUAACUUCGCGAAUUCCUUCGUCCAGGGCUUCCCAGGUGCCGGAGCUCUGGCUAGAAGCGCCGUUAACAAUGCCAGCGGUGUAAGGACCACCCUGGGAGGGCUCUACACCGGUAUUCUAGUCAUAGCGUCUCUCCUGGUAUUCACCCCGUACUUCUACUACAUUCCGAAAGCCUGUCUUGGGGGCAUCAUCAUAGCGGCCGUCAUCUUUAUGGUGGAGUUCAAAGUUAUUAAGCCGAUGUGGAGAUCGAAGAAAAGUUGCUUUGUGGUUGCCCUCAUAACAUUCAUAGCCUGCUUGGUGCUACCUUUGGAAAUCGGUAUACUGGUAGGAAUCGGAGUGAACUUGCUGUUCAUUUUGUAUCAUGCUGCUAGACCAAAAAUCAGUGUUGAAAAACUCCAGACGAACCACGGCACCGAUUACCUCCUACUGACCCCAGAUAGAUGCCUUAUUUUCCCUUCCGUAGACUACGUACGGAACCUAGUGACAAAGCAGAGCCUCCGUCAAGGAAUUCCCGUCGUAAUAGACUGCACGCACAUAUACGGCGCAGAUUAUACAGCGGCAAUAGCGAUAGACACCAUAACGCAAGACUUUGCUUCCAGAGAUCAGCCGCUGCUGUUCUACAACCUGAAACCGUCGGUUUGCACGGUAUUCGAAGGGCUUUCCCCCAAAGACUUCAUAGUUUUUUACAACGAAGACCAGAUAGACGACCUGCUGAUCGAGCGGAACUCCGCCAAGAAGCAUAACGAAAUAUUAGGAGUGUAAAAAUUCAGUCUAAAUCGUGUUGCUAUGUUUUAAUGAGAAUAUGUAAUCCGAUCUGAAUAAGAUCUGAUACGAUUGGAAAUAGGUUCUCCCGGUUUGGUAUACAGAGCCGUCAUAAAUGAUUACAAGCCACGUGACUGCCGAGUUCAGGCAACCAACAUUGCACUAGUGGCACUGUCAUCUAAAAAUCCUUAAACCUUAGCAUCAUCAGCAUUAAUGAUUCAUUUAUAAUGAAGAAUGAUAAACCCUUGCAUUUACACUAGAGGCAAUCGAUCGAAUAAAAUGUCAUGAAAAAUUACACCAAUCACAGCCGAUGAAACAGAAUUGGCUUAAUAAUUUUUAAUUUUACCAAAAUAUAUCUGCCAAUAUGAAGGAAACAAAGUUACUGGUCACUUGUAAUCAUUUUAUGCUUAUUAUCCCACUUCUGAUAUAUUUUAAAUAUAAACAUAUUUGUGCCAUUUUGGCAGUAAAAAUCAAUUAACAAGCAUAUAAAAAUUGUACUGUAAAUCAUUUGGGAGAUCUUCUCAGGGAGAAAGGAGAAAUAAACACAAAAAUCGUUUAUAUUUGUAUUUCAUAUAUUUUUGUAGACCCAUUUUGCGUUAUAUAGAACGUUAUCAUCGUUAUAAUCGAUGGACAAUAUAAUUUAAAGUAUUUCGUGAAUCCGUGAUAUAACAACGUUCUGUAUAGUUCAAAAUGACUUUUACUCUUUACGAUCAGUAUUUUAUAUUAUUUUUUUUUUCACUAGUUAAUUUCUUAUUUGUAUAGCUUACAUCAUGCGAUGUAAACUGUAAUAUCUAUACACUUCCUUAUGUAGAUUAGACAAUAAACUGUGAUAUUAUAUUUCUAAUAAAUAAUGUUGUGUUCAA